AUGGGUAAGGCUGUUGGUAUUGAUUUGGGGACCACCUACUCGUGUGUCGCCCACUUUGCGAAUGACAGAUGUGACAUCAUCGCCAACGACCAAGGUAACAGAACCACUCCCUCGUUCGUCGCCUUCACCGACACCGAAAGAUUGAUUGGUGAAGCCGCCAAGAACCAGGCCGCCAUGAACCCCGCCAACACCGUGUUCGACGCCAAGCGUUUGAUCGGGCGCAAGUUCGACGACCCCGAAGUGCAAAACGACGCCAAGCACUUCCCUUUCAAGUUGGUCGACCAAGGUGGCAAGCCCAAGAUCCAAGUUGAAUUCAAGGGCGAAACCAAGGUGUUCACCCCUGAAGAAAUCUCGUCGAUGGUGUUGACCAAGAUGAAGGAAACCGCCGAAGCUUACUUGGGCGACAAGGUCUCCGACGCCGUCGUCACCGUCCCCGCUUACUUCAACGACUCGCAAAGACAAGCCACCAAGGACGCUGGUUUGAUCGCCGGUCUUAACGUGAUGAGAAUCAUCAACGAACCCACCGCCGCCGCCAUCGCCUACGGUUUGGACAAGAAGUCGGACCAAGAAAAGAACGUGUUGAUCUUCGACUUGGGUGGUGGUACUUUCGACGUGUCGUUGUUGUCGAUCGAAGACGGGAUCUUCGAAGUCAAGGCCACCGCCGGUGACACUCACUUGGGUGGUGAAGAUUUCGACAACAGAUUGGUCAACCACUUCAUCCAAGAAUUCAAGCGCAAGAACGGUAAGGACAUCACCGGCAACCAAAGAGCGUUGAGAAGAUUGAGAACCGCCUGUGAACGUGCCAAGAGAACCUUGUCGUCGUCGGCGCAAACCUCGAUCGAAAUCGACUCGUUGUACGAAGGUGUCGACUUCUACACUUCGAUCACCAGAGCCAGAUUCGAAGAAUUGUGUCAAGACUUGUUCCGCGCCACCAUGGAACCCGUGGAAAAGGUGUUGAAGGACUCGAAGAUCGACAAGUCGCAAGUCGACGAAAUCGUCCUCGUCGGUGGUUCCACCAGAAUCCCCAAGGUGCAAAAGUUGGUCUCGGACUUUUUCAACGGUAAGGAACCCAACAGAUCGAUCAACCCCGACGAAGCCGUCGCCUACGGUGCCGCCGUCCAGGCCGCCAUCUUGUCGGGUGACACCUCGUCCAAGACCCAAGACUUGUUGUUGUUGGACGUCACCCCCUUGUCGCUCGGUAUCGAAACCGCCGGUGGUAUCAUGACCACCUUGGUGAAGAGAAACUCGACCAUCCCCACCAAGAAGACCGAAACCUUCUCCACUUACGCCGACAACCAACCCGGUGUGUUGAUUCAAGUCUUCGAAGGUGAAAGAGCCAAGACCAAGGACAACAACUUGCUCGGUAAGUUCGAAUUGUCGGGCAUCCCCCCCGCCCCCAGAGGUGUUCCUCAAAUCGAAGUCACCUUCGACUUGGACGCUAACGGGAUCUUGAACGUCUCCGCCGUCGAAAAGGGUACCGGUAAGUCGCAAAAGAUCACCAUCACCAACGACAAGGGUAGAUUGUCGAAGGAAGAAAUCGAAAAGAUGGUCAACGACGCCGAAAAGUACAAGGAAGAAGACGAAGCCGAAGCCGCCAGAAUCCAAGCCAAGAACGGUUUGGAAUCGUACGCUUACUCGUUGAAGACCACCUUGAACAACGACGAAACCAAGGGCAAGUUGGAACAAGGCGACAUCGACACCGUCACCAAGGCCGCCGAAGAAACCAUCGCCUGGUUGGACUCGAACCAAACUGCCACCAAGGAAGAAUACGCCGACAAGCAAAAGGAAUUGGAAGGUGUGGCCAACCCCAUCAUCUCCAAGAUCUACGCCGCCGGUGGUGCUCCUGGCGGCAUGCCCGGCGGCAUGCCCGGUGGUGCCCCUGAAGAACCCGCCGCCGGCCCCACCGUCGAAGAAGUCGACUAA